GAUUUUAUACUAUUCGAGUCGGUCUGGCAACUCCCUUGAAAUCAGCUGUUCGUUAAAAAGAAUCACGAUGGCAACUAAGGUUCUACGCUCCCUUUUGCACGAGCUGCGUCAGGCCUCGCCCAACGGCUGCAUCAAGGACUCGCUGGCGGCCCGGUACAUUCUCGCCCAGUACAAGAAGUUUGAGACCACGGACCAGCAACUGUGCAAGCGCCGCGACGAGGCUCUCUUCUUGGGUCAGGCCUACCUUACCUACCUGAGCAGCCAACGCAAGUACACGGAGCUGUACAAGGAGUACCACGGGAGGGGCGAGCGAUCCGUGAGGGAUACUGCGGACCUGGUGGGGUUCAAGCUGCCCACAGAUCCCAAGUGAUGUUCUAGUUAAGUUGUUUCUACAUAUGUAGCUAUUAGUGUGAUUAAAGCGACUAAUUUUGUCAAAAU